UGGGGAGUUUAGAAGCAAGCGUGAGCAGCUCUGAAUUCUCGUCAUCCCCUAGAAUCCAGACGGUUGACGAUAUCAAGAAAAAGAGCAAGCUUUCAAGUUGGCUUUCCGAUGGCUGAUGCAAACCAACCGAAGAAGCGUGCCUCUGAGCGCAGGCGGCAGCAGAACAGAGUGGCGCAGAAGAACUACAGAGAACGACAGAAACAGCGGCUCCAAGAGCUCCAGGAACUGGCUCAAGCACGUACGGCUGACUGGCCUGGUCGGGUGAAAAGAUCGAGUCAGGUCUCCUCCAUACUCGCCGCUAGCAACAACCACGAGACAUCACCACCUUUGAGCUUGAAUAGCUUACGAGACCUGAACACCCCCGGGGGAUCUUCGUUUGGCUCUAUUGGAGGAGGUAGCGCUGCGUCGUACCCGUCACUGUCGGCGUCCGCCUCCAGUGAGCUGUCGGGUAUUCCCCUGGAAUUACAGGGCAUCCUUCAGGAAGAGGGCAAUAAGAUUGACGAGCACACACGACGCCGAGUUUUCUCUGGCGCACUCACUAUCACAGAUAUUCUGAGAGCUGGCCUAGAGGCGUUGUCUGCCCGGAAUUCAGAGAAGAGUAGUGACGAAGAACAAGCCAGUGAUGAUGAUGAUGGAAGUGCAGGAUCAGCAGAAAGUCCUGCACUCCGUACAAACGAGAUUUUUGUCCUGGAGAACAGGAUGCAGACAACCACCCGCACUCUUCCAUGUGUGUACAGCAACCACUUACGCAUCAAGCAAGUCUCCAUCAUCGCCGCCAUCCGAGCCAACGCCGAGAUGAUCGGGGUCAGCUUUGCAGAACUGAUCGGCUGGGACUCCGAAUCUCCCUUUUACCAGGGAUCUGCUGCAUCAGAAAUGUCGCCCGACGAGGCCUUUUCGAUGAACUUCCAACACGUUACCGAGCAUUUACGGCCGCUCCCAUCCCAGACCCAGCAUCGACAUCACCCGUACAUCGACACGAUUCCCUUCCGGAGUAUUCGACAAAGACUCAUCCAGCUGUUAGCCAUGGACCCGCCCAUGUUCGACGAGGACGAUUUUUGCGAGGAUCUCGAAAAGGGCGGCUUGAUCUGCUGGGGCUCCUCGCUCGGAGGAGGCAGUCGGGCAACUGGCUCCGGCGCCCCUUGGGACCCGCGCAGCUGGGAGGCACAGCCUUGGUUCCUUCAAAAGUGGUGGGUUCUGACCGGCGGCGCGGAGGGAGAGCUCUACCAGCAGAGUAAAUGGUGGCAUGAGAUGAGGGGGGAUCGAUUACCGGCUCCGUGGUGAGCUAUAGUAGAUACUGGUUUUCUAC